AUGCCUGCUCAAAUGGCGAAGCUUUGCAGGGACAAGGCAGUGAUAGUGAAAGUGUACGGAGAGAAGGCCACCAAGAGAAGAAAAAGCAACGCUUCCACUAAUACUAAGGUCCACCACGUCGUCCACCAUCACCACCACCUUCACGUCGUCCACCACACCGUCGACCGAAAACCGGUAGUUUCCCCGGCCGGCGACCGGAGAGCCCGUCUCCUCGACUUCUCCAGGCGCCUCCGCGAGUCCGCCGCUGCUCAUCCCAGCAGCAACGCCGCUCCUCCUCCCAAGAGCCAGAAUGGUCGCGAUUCUCAGCCGCAGCCGCAGCAUCGCCGGCAGGGGUCCAAUGGUAAAUUUCAGAAUUUCUUCAGGUCUAUUAUAGUUUCAGCUGGUGGGUGCAAAAAUAGCAGCAACAAGAGCAGAAAGAUUAAUGGUGCUAAAUCCAAUUCUUUUGCGUCUACCACUGCCAAUCCAGUGACAUCUAUCAUCAAUGGAAUCAAGAUGCAUAAUAGCAAGAGGAAGAAAAAGAGUUUCUUCGCAAAGUUGUUCGCGUCGCUUACGAGGCGAAAGUAACACAGAAAAUAAAGGACUUUCUCAUAUACUUUAAGACUUUAUCGAACUA